AUCUGUCAUCUUUUAAACUGCUUUGUAUUAUUAAUGCUUUGGAUUACUUUCUCUUGUAAUAGAUCUAAUGGUUGCUUUGUUGAAAAAAACAUCAAUUAAUCAAUCAAUCAAUAAACAUAAGUGUAAAGAACUGCACAUUUACAAUGGCAAAGCGCUAAAUCGAAAUGAUCAAAAUGAUUGAUACCCUGGUUUGCAACAAGCUACUUUAUUUCUGCAGAGGAAAAAUUUGAACUCAUUUGAGGGUCAUGUUGUAAAAAGUAAAAGUAGGCUACUCAUCUGUUUUGCCACUAGAGUGCACUGCAAGGCAGAUUAAUAAAACAGCUGAAAGGUCAUCUGAUAGGCUCCUCAUCUACAGAAUCGCCUCUAAUAACAAGCUCUACAUAACUGAAUCAUUCAUUAGACGUAGUAAGAGGCAAUUUGAGCCACUAUACCUUUUGAGGUCUCCAACAUGGACAGCUGGUUCAUUUUCUGUGACUUUUUUUCUUUUUUUGUAGUUUCUGGCUGACUCCCGGUCAGAUACGCCCAAAACUCUUCUGUCAUAAUGACAGAGCAAAGAACCCAAACAGCAAUCGGCCGGUUUUGUAAGACAGCUACUCUUUACUUUGAGUGUGGUUAUGCCCAUUUGAUGUCUCUUUGAAUGGAAAAUGAAAUAGUGGGAAUUUGUAACACUUUGAAAUUCUCUAUGAUCUGUCAGCCAGGUGGUCCUGCUAAAUUUUAAGUAUUAAAAGAACUGGGGGGGCGAUUUCCCCAAAUAAAAUGUGCCGGAACGACUUCCUUUAUGAACAAAUCAGGUUCUACAUGAAACUUUCAUUUACAAACUACCUCAUUUGGCUUUUUGCCACGCUGCCUCACCAACAUUAGCGUUGUGUGUGACGUGUAGCCUUGUUUCCUCUUAAUUAGCUAAAUUACUUGCAUUGACUUGUAUUGGGACGCUCUUGGCAUGGAUACACUAUAGCGCAGCAAAUCCGGCCUGCCACAUCAUUUUAUAUGUGGCCCACUAGAGCAAAUUACGUGCACUGGCUUUAUUUCUUGCCGAAUGUCCUAAUUUUUAAAUUGUCUUCACAUUGAAAAAAAACGGUGUGAUAUUGGAAGCACCUUUUAUUACUUUUAAAGUAAAUAUAACAUUAUUUGAACCUGUGGGACACAACCACUGUUAUUAAAAAAAAUCACUCAUCACUUGAUCUGACACUGUUUUCAUCUCCGUCUGUCCUUGCUUGCUCAGUGUCCUAUCCUCAACUCUUAAAACACUUUGCGUCUACUCCAAUUUAGUGUGAAGAUUUUUGACAGCCAUUCUUCACCUGCAUACGUAGGUAGUUAGUGCCAAUUAGGAACAAACAGCCUUAGUUUCUUAUAUAUUUGAGUUUUCUUAAGCUGUAUGCCAUAAUCAGCAAUAUUAAAAUAAUAAAAGGCUUGCAAUAUUUCAGUUGAUUUGUAAUGAAUCCAGAAUGUAUGACAUUGUGGUUUUUUUAAUUGCAUUACAGAAAAUAAAGAACUUUAUCACAAUAUUCUAAUUUUCUGAGACAGUCCUGUAUAUUACCUUGGUUUCAUUGCACUUAUUGCUUGGGUGAGGAAGAGAAACUGAUUAUUAAUGCACGUACUGUUCACCGGGAAUUUGCCAUUUGCGACCUCACUGAGCAUUAGAGCCCCACAAUGGGGUAGGCUCUAAGCCCACUAUUGUUUCCUUCGAUGACCGCUACAGUAAUGCAAUGAAGAAAACACCACAAUAUAAAAUAUGCAAAGGACCUAAUUGAAUAGAUCCAUACAACCAGGAAAAAGAGGAAGUGAAUUAAAAGUUGAAGCAGAGAAUACUUCUAAAUCUUUAUUAAAUUAAAUAAUAAUAAUAAUAAUAAACUCUUUAGACACCACCACCCUGUGCAGUCCAGCCACACUUUCUCAUAUAGGUUAACAUCAAGAAAAACACAAUUCUCAUGUUUAACCAAAGCCUCAAAGUAUUGGAAAUGAUAAAAAUGAAUAAAAGAGCAAAGGAGAAAUGGACAGAAGUGAAAUGGGAGAAAAAAUGCAAAGGGUGGAGUCAUCGUUGCUAAAUGAGGGCUUGUAAUGACAAGGCGUCUUGGAGUUUAAAAGGUAUAAUUACUUCAGGAAGGUUAUUCUGAGGGGAAUCUGGGAAUAGGCCACCCUCUAUGCUGAAAAUGACUGGGUGGAUGUGGAUGGGGAAAGUGUGUAUGUGUGUGUGUGUUUAAAAAAUAAAUAUCCAUUCCAUAUACAUUUCUAUAUCACAGUGGGAAGAUCAAAUUUGAUAUUUAACCAAAAAUAGUUAAAAAACAUGUUUUCUUAAAUAGUUUAAAAAAAAAAAUCAUUAAUGCUACAAGUCAAUUCAAAACAUUCAUUGGUGAAUGCUCCUCUGAGGUAGACAUUUGCAUGAAUCUGUGGUGAACAUAAAUUGAGUGAAAUCCCUUGUCCAAUGGGGUUUGGAACCUAAAAGAACCAACACUUCCAAAAGGGUCUGAAAGUGGAACAGUCAAAUUUUAUGUCAAUGCUUUGAACAGAUUACAUGUCCUGCGUUUUAAUGGGGCCAUUUGCCAAAGGGUAUUCAAACGUAAUCUAAUUCUGAGAGAAGUUUCCUGAAGUCCUGAAGAGUUUCCGUACUGCCACCACCAACUAUUGACCUGGCGUGCACAAAACAGUAUAAUCAUGGUUCAAGAACUGAAUCUGUUCAGAGACUCCAUUCAUGUACGGAUAUAUUCUCAACUGAAGAAGAAUCCAAACAGAGGACUAGAACAACUUAGCGUUCCGCUACGUACGCAAGUUUCUUUUUUGUGUGUUUGCUCCUUUAUUUGAUCAAAGAUGCACUGUCUUUAGAUUGCUUUUGCAUAAACAUGUGAGAUUUCCAUCCCUGCCUCCCUCAUAAGCAGAAAACCAAAAGAGAGAGAGUGUUGAUGGCAGAGAAGAUGCAGCUGUUAAGUGCCACAGUUCGCUACAUCAAAAAAUGUCAAGUCGACCAUUUUCUUCAGUGCCAGAUGAGAGAAAAUAAGAGGCCCAGCAUGUUUUCCUUCUGUACACGCCUAUGUGGUUGACCCAAACUAGGGAGGGGAAAAAAUCCCCAGCAGGCCAAGGAGCAGUUAGCACAGUGCAGGCCACAUACUGUAGUAUGAGGAAGUCACAUUUUAGCCUCAUUACUAAUCAGACACCUUACUAAUCAAUCAUACAAUACAACGACAAUCCGUCCGGUACCGGAGUCAAAUUCCUUAUUUGCCAUGCUCAAACUUGUCAGAUAAAAAUGGAUUUGAUUUGAUUCUCAAUAAAUUAAUCGACCAUGAAAGUAGCAUUAAAAGUUUAGAUUUUCUUUGAAUGUGACAAAUGAUAGAUAUCAUAUUAGUUUUUAGGAUUGCUGUUAUUUGCAUUUGAAUUUCUACUCAGCGUUGCUUUUGUUAAUGAUUCAAGAUCCGCUGCCUGGCAUGUCAACGUGGGAGUAGGCGUGGCGUCGCGGCUUGGCAGUGACGUCAUUGGAGAGCUGUUCGAAGUCGUACGGUGCUGAACAGACAUCGCUCGUCGUCUUUCUCUUUCGCUCAGUCUCGCUGGCCAGACUGCUGGUUCGGGAAGGUUGGCUUCCCAUCAGCUCUUCAUUGGGGAGAUAAUACACGCACGCGCACGAGGACCCCAGACGAUGCACACCUUGCCUUCAACAAAUGUAGGCGAGAUUCCCGAUCCGUACGGUCCUGAAAAAUGGUGAUGUUACAUGGAUUCCUCCUGACGUCACUGAAGUCCUUGCAAGAAUAGUUCCAUCAUGGCCACCUCCUAUCAUCAGUCUAGAAAAGUUACCAUCUGCAGAUGGUAUAAUUGUUGAAGACUCCCUAUGAACAUAAAAAUCCAAAUCAUGUAGUGCAGAUUUUAGCAAAUCGAAGGGUCUUUUCAAGAUUUUUGUUUUGUUUUAAUCUCUCAGUCUUUUGCUUGUGGAAAGACGUGUGUUUUUUUGUCAAUCAGAGUGUGGACAGUGAGCGAGGUGAGAAGAAAGUGACCGUUACUUUGUUAUAUUAAGAAAGACAGAGAUGGUCCUCCACAUCACCCCUUACUCCAGUUCCUGUCUUCACUUCCUGGAUGGCUUGUCAUGGAGCCUGGUGUUUCCCUGUUACUGGCUCCUGGAUCAGCUCCUGGCCUCCUGCCUGGCCACUUCACUCGAGAAGCGCCAGCGUUCUCAGGAUCCGUGUUCCCUCCUCACUUUGUGUGUCCUAAUAAUGGUGCCUCUUUACUUGCUCCUUCUCCUCGCCUCUCUGCCUUUUGCCCUUCUGGGCUUUGUCAUCUGGGCUCCUCUGCAGGCCAUCCGUCAACCCUAUCUGUACACCUACCACAGACUCGAAAAGCGCCAAGCUGAACAAGGUGAUCCUACGUCAGGGUUUGUUGGGAUCAGGGACUGGAGACCUCAGGGCAAGAGCUUCUGUUUCUGCAGUGCCAACGUUUGCCUGCUGCCGGACUCUCUGGCCAGGUUCAAUAACCUUUCAGACACACAGAGGAGAGCACGUGAAGUUGGUAAGAGGAUCAGGAAUGGUGCCUGUCGGCCUCAGAUCAAAAUCUACAUUGACUCGCCAACCAACACGUCCAUCAGCGCGGCCUCCUUCAGCAGUCUAGCCACAGGGUUUCGUCGUACUUCAUCCUUGGACCAGCGGCCAGAUCAGACACACAUUAUGAAUGGCCCAGCAGACACUGAAAAUGAACCACUUGCCGAGUGUCCCAUUCACCCUGCCGGUGCUACAGACUGCCCGCUUCAUCCUGCAGGAAUUCACGGAACCUCAGACUGUCCCCUUCACUCAGAUGCAGGAAGCACAACCGUGGACUGCCCCCUUCACUCUGUGGAGAAUAACAACAGCUCGGACUGCCCUAUACACACCUUGGCAGAGGCUCCAGAAUGUCCGAUGCACUUUUCCUGUCAUAGUGGCCUCGGUAAUCAUGACUGCUCCAUGCACGGGAAGGAGACGCAAGCUAAUGAUGACUGCCCCAUGCAUGGAAAGGAGACACAAGCUAAUCAUGACUGCCAAAUGCAUGGAAAGGAGUCACAGGCUAAUCAUGACUGCCCCAUGCAUGGAAAGGAGACGCAAGAUACUCACGACUGCCAAAUGCAUGGAAAGGAGACACAGGCUAAUCAUGACUGCCAAAUGCAUGGAAAGGAGACACAGGCUAAUCAUGACUGCCCCAUGCAUGGAAAAGAGACGCAAACUAACCAUGACUGCCAAAUCCAUGGAAAGGAGACGCAGGCUAAUCAUGACUGCCCCAUGCAUGGAAAGGAGAUGCAAGCUAAUCAUGACUGUCAAAUGCAUGGAAAAGACCAACAAGCUAAUUAUGACUGCGCCAUACAUGGAAAGGAGACACAAGCUAAUCAUGACUGCCCCAUGCAUGGAAAGGAGACGCAAGCUAAUCAUGACUGCCCCAUGCAUAGAAAGGAGACACAGGCUAAGGCCUCCGCAGAGUGUCCACUUCACACCUCAAGUGUUCAAAUCAGCAUCAGUGCCCCUGAGCCAGACCCCCACGAGAAAGAGGCAGGAACAGGGAACCAUCAGUCAGGGGAGCUGGCAGGAGGUGAUGUGGGCAGCAUGACCGCCUCAAGAGAAUCUCUUGCUCGGUACCAUGGAAGCGAUGGCUACGGAGUGAUAUCCUCGAACAACACCCUCUCGCACGUGCCUCGCACCUCAAUAUUCAAACGCCCUGGUAGAAAGCGCCGCCACGGAGAUGAGACUUUCGACCAUGACAUUUCUGCAUUUUUCCCUGCCAACUUGGAUUUCCUUGCCCUACAAGAAGUGUUUGACCAUAGUUCAACAACACGACUGCGGCAGCAGUUACACCGCUAUUUUCCCUAUGUGUUGAGUGAUGUUGGGCGAUACGGCUGGAAGGGCUGCUGUUCCAGGUUCAAAUUCCUAAACAGCGGGCUGCUGCUAGCUAGUCGCUACCCAAUCCUGGAUGCACGUUAUGAGUGCUACCCCAAUGGAAGAGGAGAAGAUGCACUGGCAGCCAAAGGAGCACUCUUUGCCAAGGUUCAUGUGGGCACUUCUCAUCAAGAGCAAAGGGUUGUGGGAUAUCUCACAUGCACUCACCUCCACGCCAUCGAAGGUGAUGCCUCUGUGCGAUGUGAACAGUUGGACUUGUUGCUCCAGUGGGGGGCAGAGUUCCGCCAGGCUUCAUCACAUCAUUCUGAAGGGGAAAAAGUUCUUGAAGACCUUGUAGCCUUUGAUGUCAUUCUGGGUGACCUCAACUUUGACAAUUGCUCUUCAGAGGACAAGUUGGAACAACAACAUGCACUUUUUUCUAUCUACAAGGACCCGUGUCGCCAGGGGCCAGGAGAGGACAAACCAUGGGCUUUGGGUACAUUGCUGGAUCCCAGUGGCCUUUAUGAUGAUGAGGUCAGUUCACCAGAGAGUUUACAAAAAGUGAUGGAGAACGAGGAGGGCAGAAAGGAGUACCUGGUGUUUCCUCCCAGUAAAAGCCAUUGUCCCUCCAGCAGCCAGAAGGGAAGGAACAUUCCACUUAAAGGCAAUGGACGCCGGAUUGACUACAUCCUUUACAGUGACGAGGGCCUGCAACAGGACUGGAAACUGGAAAUAGAGGAGUUCAGCUUUGUAACACAAUUGGCUGGCCUCACUGAUCAUCUGCCCGUCGCCAUGCGAUUGGCAGUCUCCACAGGAGAGGAAGACUCCUAGAAUGACCACCUGUACUACCAUUGAAGCGUGAUGGACAACAAAGAUGAACAAAUUAUGUUUUUAUGGAUAAAGAACAUCUUGAGAAGGAAGGUUUCGAGUGGCCAAAAUGGAAUAUAAUCCCAUGGAUAGGGGAUAUAAAACACGAAACUGUGACUGAGGGUUGGGUCAAUUACAAUACAAAAUAAGAAGAGUAAUUUCACAUCCACCUUGCACACUAAUACUUGUAAUCUGCCAUUGCCAGUGUCUGAUAUCAUCUGGCCUCUUCGUUGUUUGCACUGUGGACAACACACUUCGAUUGCACCAUGAGUAAAUUGUUUCGAGUAGUUUGUUAGUUAGCGAGCAGUGUCCACAUUCACAGACGAUGCUGGGGCUCACAAAUGGAGGCAUUUUGCCAUUUUGAUUCAAGGGUGCCAUAGUGACUCAAACAACAUGAAGCGGAAGUGCGGAAGUUUUGUGCUUGGGGGACAAAGUAAGAGAAACAACUGCAACUAGAGCUUCUACGAUAACCAUCUGUGUCACUGUGUCAUGCUCCCCUCCCAAUUUAUCUUACCUGUCCAUUACCUCAACAAGUGUCUUCUUUAACAAAUACAAUGAUAACUGAAGAAACUAAAGUAGUGUGAUUUCUAUUGGUUUUUUUUAGGGGGUUCAAAUCCUUAAUAGAAUAUAAAGCAUUUUAAAUGAAUAACUAUUUCAAAAAAAAGUACGGGAAAAGGUUUUCCAAUUUCAUGUUUGUAGCAUGUUUUACAGUUUUGACAAGUGAAAUAAAGAAAGAGGUUUUUAAGCUUU